ACCGGAAGUGGCGGACUCAUCGUCUGCUCAUCAAAACAACAACACAACAGUGUGUCAGUCCGUUAUCACCGGAGAGUUUUAAAAAUAUGUUAGCGACAUCACAGAAAAUCUAACGGCCAGAAGAGUCCGCAUGGAGCCGUAGAGAGCGCUGAGCCGAUCAACUCGUUCCCUCUUUAACACAUUUACAUUUAACGUUAGCUUAGCGGGUUAGCCGAGCUCUUCUCCAUGGCGUCCUCGGCGGGACUCCCACCGCUCGGCCCGGACCGAGCUGCUUCAUCCGCCGGCUCUCAUUCCGGGGGCAGGCCUCCUCUCCGACCUCACCACCCCCAUCCGGCUCAUUCGACUCCGGGCUGUGUGAUGGUGGAGUCGGUGGACGACGCGGAGGGUCUGUACGUGGCGGUGGAGCGGUGCCCCCUGUGCAGCACCUCCCGCCGCAGGCUCACCUGUGCCCGGUGCGUCCAGGCCGGGGACUUCGUGUACUUCGACGGGAGGAACACGGAGAGAUACAUAGAAAAGUUGGAGCGGCUCAAGAAGCUGAAGGAGGAAAAGGAGCAGCUGCAGCAGAGAGUCCUCCAGGGCAUGGACAGGAAGCUGCAGGCGGAUGAGAUGAAAUGGAAGCUCAUGUCGUGUAAGAUGAAGAUCGAGCAGCUGAAGGAGGCGGUGGCCUGGGGCAACGAGGAGGUGAAGAGCGACAGAGACCUCCACCUGCGCUCUCAGGAGGAGGGGCAGCGGCUGCAGCGACGGGCCGGACGUCACCAGGAGAAACGGGACAAGAUCGAGCGUCACAACCGUCGCCUGGGGGAGCUGCUGGAGAGACGCAGCCGCGAGCUGCAGAGCAGACUGAGUCAGCUGGCUGCUCUGAGGCGGGAACACAUCCUGGAGCUCACCACACACAUCUUCCCCACACAGGAGGAGAAACAGGGCAGCAGAGACCCCGCGGACGUGGUGGCGGAGUGCGACCCGGCGUUGACCUCCAGCACGGUGAGCGAGCUGGCCGAGGCUCGGAGGACCACCUACCUGUCGGGACGCUGGAUCUGGGAUGACCAGAACGGAGAGACCAGCAUCAGCAUCACAGGACCCCCCGUCACCCUGCCCAGCAACGGAGACUGCUCCGCCUACUACAGCUGGGUGGAGGAGAAGAGCACCAAUCAGGGCCCAGAGCUGGACCACAUUAACCCAGCUCACACCAUCAGUGCCGCCCUCUGCUACGCCACGCAGCUCGUCACCAUCCUGUCCCACAUCCUGGACGUCAACCUGCCCAAGAAGCUGUGCAACAGUGAGUUCUGUGGAGAGAACCUGAGCAGGUAUCGCUUCACCAGAGCUCUGAGCAAACUCAACACCAACAUCCUGCAUCUCUGCUUCUCCCAGCAUGUGGACAGUGAGAAGCUCCACCCUCAUCACACUCUGAGGAACAUCAUGUUUCUGGUUUCCCCUGACAACGACAACCUGGGCAGGACGGGCCCGUUCGAGGUGAGCGCUGACCUGGAGGAGUCGAUGGAGUUUGUGGAGCCCGAGGCCGCGGGGCCGGCGGAGGAGAGCGGAGAUGAGGCCGUGACAGACGAGGAGACGGACCUGGGGACGGACUGGGAGACGGUGCCCAGUCCACGAUUCUGUGACAUCCCAUCGCAGUCCAUGGAUCUUUCCCAGAGUGCAUUGCAGGUCUCCCAGCCCUCUGCUAACACUGGCGGGAUGAUUUCGUCUGCUGCUGCUUCUGUCACUUCCUGGUUCAGAGCUUACACUGGCCAGCGCUGAUCAGCCAGGACUGGACUGGUACAGAUCUGGACUCCUGGAGGUCCUGAUUAGGAGCGGAGUGGACUGGGGUCAAUGGUCAGGCUGGCAGGUCAAAGGUCAGCUAGUAGAUGAGACUCUACUGACACUAGAAAGAUCAGGACUUCCUGACAUUCUUCAAUCUCCAUGAAGCUUCACGUGUGUGUCUGACCACGUCGACCUGAACACACGUGAUCCGACACCCACAUCCAUGGUUUUGUGUGCAGCUCAUACACCAGCAUCUUUGGGAGCAAAGUCAGACACAAACUGAAAGACAAACCAGACCAGGUUAAUAAAAUCCUCAAAGAUUCAUUAAAGUGGACCAGCAGGUGAACCGGAUCCAGACACCCGACACAGCGUCAUCUGUGUGUGUUCAUCAAGUUUUAUUAGACACACACUCUAGUCACUCAGCGUCACUGACAAACUUUAUUCUGUAUGAAAUGACUUGAAGUUCCUGGAUUUAGCUUCAGUAUAUAAACGUGAUAACUGAGACGUCCUGGUCCUUGAAGGUUGAUUAUGUGCUGAUGUGAAAUCGACUCAAGCGGAUCGAUCCUGUAGAGAGAAGACGUCUCACUCUGAUGGAUUUGUUGGAGCUACAGAAACAUGCUACAUGCUAAAGCUUUAGUCAUUGACUUGUUCCCACCUUCAGAUAGAAAUGUUGGAAACACAGAGUGGAGCCUCUUCCCUCACAGAGGAUCUUUGGUUCAGUCGAGUUAAUGUUGAUUAGCUAACAGCUGAUAGGUCAGGUUCUCUGCUCUGAUCCACCUGAGGCUGAUGAGCACACAGGAUCCGUUUUAUUUCAGCCGGAUCCAUUCAAAUAUUGGAUGCUGAUCAAUGUGAUCAGAUGGUUGAUUAAUGUUAACGACUCGUCCUGAACAGUUAUCAUAUGUCAGAGCUGCAACUCAUCAAUCAGCUGAUUUGUCUGAUUAAUCAAUUAUUGAUUUUCUCAGUGAAUCAUCAGAACGUCUUCAGAGACAAUCGAUUGAUUAUCAAAACAGUUGAUUGAUUAUUUCUGUCUAAUUGUUGCAGCUCUAGUUUAUAUGCUGAUCAUAUGUCAAUACGGGACUUCAGUUAAAGUGUUUCCAUGACGUCUGCUCACCUGUCGACCCGCUCACCUGUCGACACGCUCACCUGUCGACCCGCUCACCUGUCGACACGCUCACCUGUCGACACGCUCACCUGUCCGUCACAGGAAAAGUUCCUGUUUUUAUUUUCUCUUUUUCUUUUUGUUUGUUUUUACUCGUCUGUUUCAAACAGGAAACAGGAAACGGACUGACUCCUGAACGCUGCUGUGACGAUGAUGAUGCUGAUGACAGUGGCAGCAGUGCAAACAAACAUUGGUUACCAUGGCGAUGGCAAAGCUUGUUUACAAACCCCCCAGUGGAACUGAACACGGUGAAGAGAAUGGGGCCGUUCACACUGGACUGAGACUGAAGCUGAACUUAAAGUCAGACCGGGUCCAGCUGGUCUUCAGCUGGACCCGGUCUGGACUGGACUCAGGAGCAGGUCUAUCACACUGAGACCUGGACCUGAUCAGGUCUGACGUGUCUUUGAAGCAAUAUGACGUUUCUCUGUUGAUUUCAAAUAAAAUCCACUUCCUGGUUUUGGUCACUGAAGAUGUUUUUUUUUUAUAAAUCACUCCAUCUACUCAGGUGCUAAGAUUCUAAACUCACUUACUGAGCUUUUCCCAGAGCUUUCAGCACCUCCUCACAGCCUUUCUCAGUGAGGUUUCUCAGAUGUCCUCACAUUGACCCAGGUACAGGUUCUGUAUGUUUUCUUUUGAAUAAAACAUAUAGGUGUGUUUUCUUUUUGACCCCGCCUCCAGACAGGAAGUUAGACCAACCAAUCAGAUCAAUAGUCAGGUGGUUUCUUAUCUCUAACCGAUCAGCAGCGUCUUCAUCGUUUCUCUAACUCAUCUUCGCUCAAACACUAACUUUCUUCUCCAGAGAAGGUGACACCUGUGGGAAGAUGACCUCAUCCUGGAGCCCUCGCGCUGUGCUCUGAUUGGUGGAGGUCAGACUGGAGGCUUCAACAUUCUCCGUCUGUGUGAAUGUGAACAGCUGUUUUCUUCUACGUGCUUGCUAUGAA